GACAGGCAGUAUACAUCAUUUAAAAUUGGGUAUCGGUAUAUAUGACCAACUUCGUUGUUUGAUUGAUGACCACAUGCCAAAGCCGGCAAAGGUCAGGAGAAAAUCUGAUCGAGUUGCUUAUUAAUAUUAGAGGAGGACUGUUUCCUGAUCUAGGUUAAAACUAGUUCUUCUAGGUUUCCAAGUGGAAUCGAAAGGAUGGCGAACGAGGGAAACGAACUGGCCGCUUCCCAGGAACUGCAAACAUUUUUGCCCGGAGGAAAAAGGAAGGAGAAACGUGCAACACCCGUAGAUAAUGGUGUCAAUAGAGAUCAGUGGACCCGCCAGUUUGAUUUUGUUUUAUCUUUGAUUGGUUAUGCAGUAGGUGUUGGUAACUUGUGGAGGUUUCCGUAUCUGUGUUUGAGAAAUGGAGGAGGUGCAUUUCUUAUACCUUUCUUUUUUUUCCUAAUACUAUGUGGUAUACCACUAUUCUAUCUGGAAGUAUGUUUAGGACAGUUUUCAGGCACUAGUUCCUUAUUUGUCUGGAAAAUGUGUCCUUUAUUCAAAGGUGUUGGGUAUGGUAUGGUGAUAGUAUCAGGAAUGGCUACCAUAUAUUAUAAUGGUGUAAUAACAUGGGUUCUAUAUUAUCUAGUUAGUUCAUUUCAACAAGAACUUCCAUGGCAAGCUUGUGGACAUUGGUGGAACACACCUACAUGUCGUGAUAAUUUUAAUCUCCAUGCCAACUCUAGUAUAAACAAUGGAAGUUACUAUAACAACACAGAAUUCACUACAAAUUUUACCAAUAUUAUAUUUGACAAUGGGACUAGUUCAAAUUCCUCAGAGCUAGUUGGUAUGACAGCAGCAGAAGAAUUUUGGCAGUACAAUGUAUUACGUAAAUCAUCAGGUCUACAUGAACUAGGUCAAGUACAAGGCCAUAUAUCUAUUUGUCUAUUAGUAGCCUGGGUUCUUGUAUUUCUAUGUCUUAUAAAAGGUGUCAAAUCUCUUGGUUAUGUUGUGUAUGUUACAGCUUUACUGCCAUAUGUAUUAUUAACUAUAUUUCUAAUACGAGGAUGUAUGUUACCUGGUGCCUUAGAUGGUAUAUUAUUCUAUAUUACUCCAGACUUUUCCAAGUUGCUUACCUUUAGUGUAUGGACAGAAGCUUGUCUUCAAGUAUUUUAUUCUCUAGGUCCAGCAUGGGGUGGUAUUAUUACUAUGUCUAGUUUUAACAAAUUUCAUCAUAACUGUUUUAGGGAUGCUGUAGUAGCUACGUUAGCAGAUGGCUUAACGAGUUUCUAUGGAGGUUUUGUUAUAUUCGCUGUUCUAGGCUUUAUGGCCAAAGAAGCUGGAGUUUCUGUCACACAAAUAGCAACAGAAGGUCCAGGUUUGGCUUUAGUAGCUUAUCCGGCAGCAAUAACUAAAUUACCUCUACCCCAAUUCUGGGCUGUUUUAUUCUUUCUAAUGUUAUUGUUACUGGGACUAGAUAGUCAGUUUGGUAUGUUUGAAAGUUUGGUGAGUGGAAUAGUUGAUGCUUUUCCAAAACAACUGUCAAAACAUCGAAUGUGGGUGACGGCGGGAUUAACAGCAUUAUGUUAUUUAGUUGGUUUACCUAUAGCAACAAAUGGUGGUAUUUAUGUAUUUCAACUGAUGGAUUGGUUUGUAGCAGCGUUUUGUGUUCUUGUAAUCUCAUUUUUAGAAUGUUUGAUAAUUGGCUGGAUUUAUGGUGUAGAACGAUUUUGUAAAGAUAUAGAAUUAAUGACUGGAAGAAAACCAGGAAUUAUUAUAAAGAUAUGUUGGUGCUUUAUCACACCAUUUCUUAUGAUUUUGUCUAUGAUAUUUACCAUAUCAAACCUAAAGAUGCCAACAUAUGAUGGUUAUAUUUACCCUGAAUGGGCCAGAUUCGUUGGAUUUUUAUUGUCUGUUAUUCCUCUCAUACCCAUUCCCCUAUUUAUGGUGAUUGAGCUUUAUAAAGCUGAUGGUAACCUAUUUCAAAAAUUCCGCCAAACAUUACGUCCAGCAGCUGAUUGGGGGCCAUCUUAUAAAGAAUAUAAACAUGACUAUUCAUUAAAGGAACAUCGACAUACAUUGCCAUUUAUAGGUUUAAUUAAAAGACUACAUAGUAACAAUAGAGUAUAAAUUAACAUUAACUUAUCGUGUGGAGCUUUACCUUAACAUGGGACUGCAGAAUUAUCAUUCCAGUGCCUGACUAGUGAAACUGUUCUCUUCCUGUUAUCCUGUAGUGAAUUUAAGAAUGGCUGUAUGGUGGACAGAAUGUGACAAAAUCUAUUUCAACAUGACAAUAGCUUGCUCUUUAUAAAGUCCGUUUAAACAUUUUGUGCGAUUUGUUAUGGACUUCUUCCAGGUGUGAUUAAACAAGACAAGAUUGUAAUAUAAUACAAAAUAAAGGAUAUUUCGCUUUUCCAGUAUCCGUCUUCAUUAUACCUACCAGUCGGAGCAGAACAAUAGGACGUUAAACCCCGUUUGUGAACCUCCUUGAAUGAUCGCACCAAUUAAAAGGACCUUAUGGAUCUGCUUGUCCAAUCCAUGCUUGUAUCUCAAGUUAUUUAGUAUACUAUAUAAAUAUCUAGUGAGAAGACUUUAGUUUGAAAAUGUGUUGUGUAUAAUAAUAUUUGGAACUAUUACUUUUGGUGAAGUUUAUCUAAUGUUUAUUUUACAAAACUGAAAGUAACUAUUGGUAUAUACUGUUGAUAUUGUAUGUCAGUUGUUGUAUAAAAUGUAACUAUAUAGUGCUUUAAUAAGUCAAUGGUUAUAUGAUGCAGCU